GAACUUGAUGGUAGUAAAAGUAUAUAUAAUUUCUAACAAAGGGAUGGGUCCUAGGCCUAUUUCUAAUAUUUGAGGUGAAAUGGCAGGAACAUUGGUCCAUACUGUGUCUUCAUAUGCUGCACCAUUCUCCCCUGACAGCUGGUGGAUUACAAUGGCUACAGUCCAUACCUAAUGCCAACACACACACACACAGAGAGAGAGAGAGAGAGAGAAGCCUCAACCCCAACCUAGACUAAUCAUAACCUCAACUUGAUUAUCAUCUUCAUCUAUCUAUAAAUACACACCACGCUCCCAUCUCUGCCCUUUAUAUUUUACUGCUUCAACUACUUAUUGCUUGCAGUGACAGUAUAUAUAAUAUAUAGUUUGAGCUCAAUUUCCUCUCUCUCUCAUGAUCAAUGGCUGACGAGGAAAGGAACAACACCUUUAAUAACCAUGCUGUAUGCGAACCCUGCAGAACUUUUGGCCAGAAAUGCAGCCAUUUGGUGAAGAAGCAACGGGCCAAGUUCUACAUUCUCCGCCGGUGCAUAGCCAUGCUUAUUUGCUGGCAUGAGCGCGAGCGUGGAGAGCCCUGAUUAUGAAUCACCUACCUACCUAAGCUAGCUAGCUUGCCUGCUUGUAUUAUUGGCUUAUUGCAAUUCUUGAUGAGCCAUAUUUAUAUAUAUCUGUAGUUAUAUAUAUUAGCGUAAUUAAUAGGGGUGCUUUGAUAUAUUAGAAAUCGUAGUUUUUUUCUUUAAUUUUCAAGAUAUAUACUAUCAUUAAUUAUUAAUUAUAGUGUUUAUCUUGAAGUUGGCUUGUCAAUAUAUAUGGAUUAAUCUUAGCUA